AUGUCUUCCAACGUCUACCCCACCCACCCAAUCACCCUUGAUGCAACCAUCCCUCUCUUCAAGAAGGACCUCGAGGAUGUUCAUAUCAUCUACGACUAUGAUGCCAAGAAUCCCGAGACUGGGGUUCCUGAGAAGUGGCAAUAUGAGAUUUGGUUCUCCUCUUCUGACCGUAUCGUCUACGCCAUCCAUGGUGGACCGAUGGCUGGUCGUGUCAACUUCCAAACCGCUGGCUACCAAUGCAUCCGCGAGGGUGAACUUUGGCAAGUCAAUUGGCUCGAGGAGACUGGUACUAUCUGCUCUAUGGUCUACGAUAUUACCGCUGUCCCAGCCGAGGGUAAGAAGGGCAAGGUCACCACUCUGAUCGCCUUCAGCAAGGGUCACUGGGACAAUGAUAAGGGUUCAGCUCUCGGCGACAAGAGAAACGACCCCGACUUCUAUCGCUGGCAUGAACUCUCCAAGGAGGGUACCGCGAUCGAUCGCUGCCUCCUCCAAGAACAAGCCGAUGUCUCUCAUGCAUUCAAGGGACCAGGAGACAAGGCUUUAUACGGACUUGAUCCACUUGUGCCAAUCGAGCAUGAGUGGCAGACCAUCUUCCCUCCCAAGGAUGGUCCUAAGCUCGAGCAUUAA